CUGCUGGAGGCCGGUGCGCGUGCCUUCCGAGGUGUUCGUGCGUUUUCCUCUUCAUCGGCAAACCUGUGCCCAAAGCUCAAGACGCGUACGACUCGGGAACUAAGAAAAGAUGGACGGCGCUCCCUAACGGCAUGUUCAAGCGGGGGAAGACUAUGAAAACACAUCUGAACACAGGAAUGUCUUCGUCGCGACUCAACCGAUUAGGUCGGAUCAACCGUUUUCUUACUUGCUUUCACUGCCCCCGUUCCAACUACAAAUUAUUAUCCAUCCAUUUACGUAAACUACGUACCACUCGUUUCUCUUUUCCUAUUUCUUACCGUUGACCGUGACUGUAACCGCUGAUGCACCGCCCCCCCACUUCCUUUUGAUCCAUUAGGACAACCGGCAUAUGCCAACAAAUCACAGGCGAGGACUUUGCGAAGAUUGAUGCCAUAUGGAUAGACCCCUCCCCUUUUUUGUAUAUCUGGACUGUAACUGUUUGCAC